UAUUUCAUGAUUAAUUAAAAUUAAAAUAAUUAAUAAUUAACUUUACAUCACUUGCAACAGCUUUCUAUUUUACAUUAGAUGUAGAGGAAGCGAAUGGGGCGGAGACGACAGUGGUUGGGACUAGAGGGGAGAGAGAGAGAGAGAGAGAGAGAGAGGGUGUUAAUUGUUAUUGCUGAGAGUUGCAGCUACGGUGGCAGGAAGACAGGGGAGAAAGACCAUGGCUUCGUAGAGGUCGAGGUUAUGCUUGAUGGCUUCGUAGGGAAGAGAGGCCAUGGCUUCACAGGGGAGAGAGACCAUUUCGUUGUUGAGAGUAACACAAUUUCACUUGAUUUGAAUCAUGGCUUCGUAGAGGUUGACGUCAAAGCUACCAAAAGGGUUUCUUGGAGUUCUCAGAGAAAGAGAGAGAGAGGGAAUAAUGGGAUUUGAGAGAGAUUUUCUUUUCGAUGAGAUCUCCAUUGUUGGGUUUCUUUGAGUUCUCCAUUGUCGUCUCCCUUCUCAUUCGAUGGCAACAAAUUGAAUUGGCUUCAGUCGAGUUUAAAUGAGGGUGUAAUUUGUUAUUAUUAAAUAUAUCAAGGAUAUUUUAGACUUUCAACCAGGUCUAAAACGCAUCUGAUCGCGUUUAGUGCCAGGCCUGGGUCUUAAAGUUUAAGAUCUGAAAGUGACAUUCAAAUCCAUUUUUAAGACAUGACCCCAAACGUCUAUUACCUCUGAAAAGCAAGCUUUUCAAAGAUAAGAGGCAGGUUCAGCAUUAGCAACGUCACCCGAGUUUCAACUUUUUAAGCAAACAAAAUCCACCCGUGACUAUCCUAAUGGCCCACUUGAAUUACGUGGACCGGUGGAGUCUUUAAAGCAAGGUUUUUAAAACUGGACCAGAUAGGGAACUGUUUUGGGGUCCAGUUCUCGGGUUGAAUGGUCCAACUAUCUAGUCCAAACAGAUGGCUUAUUCUAACAAAAAAAUUAAAAAAUAAAAAAAAAACAGCCAAAAAUAGUUGUCGAGGUUGACGAUCGACCACGUAGACCAGUGAUUCGUUAACAAAUCAACAAUUUUUGGUCAAAAGCAAUUUUGGGAUGAAAUAAGUGAACGGUUCCCAGUUUUUCUAGUCCAACCGUCUGGUUCGAUCAGGUUUUGAUCACUGCUUUAAAGUAAAUAUGACUUUUGAUGCUAAGAUUUAAUCAUGAACAUUCAAGUCCAUUCACUUCAUCCCUUUUUGGGCCUCAAAUUUGUAUCAAAGUCACUUGCUGGUAGAGUUAUCAAUGUUAAAAAAAAAUUAAAAAAAAAAAUGUUUUAAUAUGGAUUGUCAUUCAUCCCAUACAUCUCAUACAUGAUGCGUCUCACAUAACGGUGUCCGAAUGCAGGCUAAAACAAUGAAAUCAAAGCCUUUGAUAAAUUAGCUGAGAAAAAAGAAAAAAACUUUUGUGUAUUGAUAUGGCCUACUUUCAACUUGAAUUAGAUGAAAUUAUGUGAUAAUACCACCAAAUGUUGGCCUCCUCACAUUUGGGCGCCUCACAUAACAUCUCUCAUGAAUAAAAACUUCUUUAGUACGGGAGAUGUUGCCCAUGCAUACCGUUGCAAGGGCUUGCACUGUUGCACAUGUAAAUCGUCCUCCCCGUGUAAAGAUAACGUGGAGUAUUAUAAUGGGUCCCGCUCCUGCAGCCUUCUCAAGAAUCUCAACAAUGUGGGGUGUUCAGCUAAAUCCAAACUCUCGAGUGCAGGUUUGCAGCAGCAAAUCCCGCCUCAUCCAGAUUCCGGACUCUCUCAAAAGUCAGAACUGUUUCACGCCAAAUUCCGCUUCUCCAAGCUCAAUUUGAAACCCGUCACGGUAAGCGACGAAGCAUCGAGAGUUAGGGUUUGAAAUUUUGAGCUACCAUCCAAGCCUCCAUUGUCAGAAUAUGGGUUCUCGUGCUCAUCCUAUUAUCGUCGACGAGGAUGACGGCGAAGGCAUUGUUGCAGAAGACGACACAUUUCUUGGAUUCGUCGAUUACGCGAGGAUGGCUUUGUUGCCGGAAGAAAGGCUAGACUCCGGUGUAAACGAAGAAGAUAGCGAUGGGCCUAGUUGGAGUUGGGUCAUUUCUCGGAUUCUCAAGACGUGUAUUACUUAUUCUAGCGGCGUCACUCCAGCAAUUCUCCUCUCCGAUCUAUUCCAGGCCUGGAAUGAACAGCUGAGGACUGGGGCUUCAAAAAGAAGGCCUGAAUGCGUCAUGCAUUUGAAAAAGAAACAUAAAAGGACGAGGCUUCCAAACACUGUCACCAUUGACUCGAUAUACGAGAAGAAGUUUUUAUCUACCAACAGCAUUUUGGAAGUCGUUAUCGUUGAUGUCUUUCUUCUUCCAGGUACAAAUAUUUACAUGCUCAGUUUGGGAGAUGUUUGGAGUUCCAACACCAUAGAUCUCUAUCUUCAUCGUAGAUACUAUGACAUUGUAAAUCCUGAUAAUGGGAUUCUGAAGAAAGGAAGGGAGAUAUUUCUUACAGGAUGCUGUCUAAGAACUGCCACUGAAGGCUCUGGGUUUCCACGGCUUUUGCCAACGGAAUAUCUUGUAAUACUUUUAGAUGAGGAUCAAGAUGAAGAUGCAAUGCUGCUAGGAGCUCAAUUUUGUUCAGAUUCUUUUUCUUCCAUUUCACUUGAUGCAGUCAGGAUUGGAGUUUCAUAUUCAUUUUAUGCAAGGAUUGAAUCAAUUGGAUCUUUGGAGAUUCAGGGAAAGUUUGGUAGAUUACAGAGGAAGAAAAUAAUGCUUGUUGAUAAUGAUGGUGUCAAACUAAAGUUUCUCUUGUGGGGUGAGCAGGUUAUUGUUGCUAAUCUUUUCAGUGUUGGAAGUAUGCUAGCACUGGAUAGACCUUUUAUUGCAAGUGCAGUGGACAGUGCUAUUGAAACCAAUGAGCAAUUUUGUCUUGAAUAUGGUAGUGCAACACAGUUAUACUUGGUGCCAUUUAUUCAGCGUGAGGAACAGGUAUGUCUAGCAUCGACACAAAAUCGGUGUCAAGGAUCAAGAUUGAUAAAUGCAUUUGGUCAAAGUCAGCAUUCUAAAGUUUCUCAAGUGAUGUUGCCUUGUGAUUCUCAAGGCUCUAUAGACUUCAGAAAUUAUCCUUAUCGACCAUUUGUGAUUGAUCUUUGUGACAAGAUGACUGGCAUCAGCCUUUAUGGUGUUGUCAGAGACAUCUUCCGAGAAAGAAGUACUGCAGAAAAUGUUUUUUCAUUGAUAAUUGAAGAUACAACAGGAACAGUUUUGGCAAAGUUGUGUUUUGUCAGAUCUUGGUCAAUGGGAAGAUUAAGCCUUGGUCACACAAUCUACAUAUCCGGUUUGACAUGCUCCAUGACAAAAGAAAAGCUGCUUGAAGCUUCAUGGUUCGAGAAAGAUGUUGGAGCUUCUAUUGUAAACCUAAGUUGCUUGCCAGCAUUGUUGAACUCAUCUUGUCUCCACAAAUUGUCAUAUCUUUCUGAUCUCUCCAGUGAGACUACUAUCACACAUAUAUGUUGUGUUCAGCUUAACCAAAUUGAACAUUGUCAUGUCAGUACAAGAUUUUUGCAUGCCCCCUGUGGCCAUUUUGUGAAUGAGAGUGCUGAUGCAUUUAUGGAAUGUUAUUUCUGUAACUUCAUUUGUGAUUCUGAAGUUGUUCGCACCUUCCAUUUGAAAAUAACCAUUGCUGAUGAGAGUGCAAAGAUUUUUGCAUGGUGUAUGGGUCAAACUGCUGCAGAGUUGCUGCAGAUUUCUCCUGAUGAGUUCUAUGAGUUGCCUGAGGAAGAACAAGCUAUGUAUCCUUCCUCGCUUGAGAAUGAAAGGUUCAGAGUUGCAAUUGUCAACUGCAAGAGGCAAGGUUAUGGACUUGCUGGCGGUCUGGACCAAGAAAAUGAUUCAGUUGCAUGGGAGAUUACUUGGGCAUCCAAGUGUGAAUGAAAUAUUGUACUACAAGCAUAUUCUCAAAAUGUCAGUCUUCUCAAAGUUGGCUCAAACUUCAGUUUGAUGUUGAUCAAGGAGUUGAAAAAUAAGUCUUGGUAAUUUAGCCAAGUUGCAAGAUGGAUUCCUUGAAGUUCUUGCGUGUCUGAGAGAUUUGGUGGAAGAGAGAAACUUGCAAUGCAGCCAAAUGCAAAAGCUCUGCACUAAUCAGCAGCUACACUUGGAAGGAGAUAGGUACAUAAUCAACUGAGACCUAGUUGGUUGCCGAGCAUGUUGGUGCUCAUACCGUCAAAUUGAUGUAGAUUAUUUUGGCAGGGAAGUUUACAUCUUUUAUCAAGUGAAGCUGAUUCGGCCUACGGGAAAAAAAGAACAGGGAAUUUAUAAGAGGUACACUCCACGAUUCCUGAUAAAGCUCCAUGAUCAUUUUUCCAAUGUCCUGUUGUGCUUGUACUUAUCCCUGAGACUCCAAAAUUAGGAUAUUGUGUGAUCUUUUCUUUUGUAAGCAGCUUUUCUCCUUUCUGCUGGCGGUGCGCCCCAAACUCCAACUGAAAUGUUAAACUUGUCAAGUAGUUGAGCUAAUGAACUUAAAUUAUGCGACUGUA